CAGAGUUGUGUGUGUGUGUUGUGGGGGGGGGGGAUCUUUUGCGCACACACACACACACACAAGGCACAGCCCCCUCCAAAGAGCUCACUCCAGACCAAACCAUGUUCCAGCCAGCAGCUAAGCGGUGCUUCACCAUCGAGUCGCUGGUGGCGAAGGACAAUCACUUGGCUUCAGAGGACCCCAUCCGACCUACAGCCCUCAACUACCCCAACCCCUCAGCGGCCGAGGCGUUCGUCAAUGGCUUUCACAGCGCGGCAGCCGGCCGGUCCCUGUACAGCAGCCCCGAGCUGGUCUUCCCAGAGGCCGUGAGCCACCCCUCCUUGGGCGUCCACCCGCACCAGCUGGGCGCGUCCCAGCUCCAGCACCCGCACUCCUUCUUCGCCCCCCAGCACAGAGACCCCCUCAACUUCUACCCCUGGGUGCUGAGGAACAGGUUCUUCGGGCACCGCUUUCAAGGGAGCGAGGUGUCCCAGGAGGGUUUGCUACUGCACGGGCCCUUUGCCAGGAAGCCCAAACGGAUCCGCACGGCCUUCUCCCCGUCCCAGCUCCUGAGGCUCGAGAGGGCCUUCGAGAAGAACCACUACGUGGUGGGGGCCGAGCGCAAACAGCUGGCCAGCAGCCUCAGCCUCUCCGAGACCCAGGUGAAAGUGUGGUCAAACAGAAGGACGAAAUAUAAGAGGCAGAAGCUGGAAGAGGAAGGCCCCGAAUCAGAUCAGAAGAAGAAAGGUUCCCAUCACAUCAAUAGAUGGCGGAUUGCCACCAAACAGUCCAACGGGGAAGACAUUGAUGUCACGUCUAAUGACUAGAAGGGGGCAGGUUGCUGGCAAAAUAAACCAAUAGAGGAACAAGGGGGAGGAGGGGAAAUACAGGGCAAACAAAACAAAACAAAAACUGUCGAGAUUUCCAAACAAAGCAUCGCCACCAACAGCUAAGUUUCCUCUGCGGUGCGUAGGCCAAACAAGAGCCUACGGACCAUUCCUACCUUUGGCACUCAGUUCCACCACGGGCGGCCUUCAGCAGAGCUUUGGAAAUGAAAGCUCCCGAUAAGAAGAAACACCCCGCCGCAGCCUCCUCUGAGCCUGACUGAACCGGCUGGCCAUCCCUCGCAGCCGGAAGCUGUCGGUCAGCCACAACAUCAAAUAAAAUGUUCAGCCAAGAAACUCAAUGUACACAUCCUUUUCUUUUUCUUUUUUUUUACACAAUUUUAUUUUAAUUUAUUAUUUAUUUUGUGUGUUCCCUGUCGUAGGUAGUUAACAGCUGUAGUGUGCGUUACUGUACGGUAAUAAAAGCAAAAUGGUUCAAAGAAUAUGUGAUUACCUUGGCAGGAGGAAGUGGGGUGGGGGGACACCACUGCUGCUCAAAAGAGCAGCGUUUGUGGGCACUGGUCAAAUCAAGAGCUCCACCUUUUCCCAUCCAACCCCAGAUCCUUCACCAGCAUGUUUAAAAUCAAGUUUCAUUUGAAUGGGACUAAAACAUUCAUGGUAGAACUGUUUGAACAGAGGAGUGCCUGAUUCACUGUUAUUUGGACCAGGUUGAUAAAUGCAAUGAUAUUUGGGGGCAUUGUUAUUCAUACUUGGAUGCUGGCUGGAUAUUAGGAAUUGCCAGACGGGAUCAGACCAAGGGCCAUCUAGCCAAGUGUCCUGUCUCUGACAAUGCUGGAACCAGAUGCUUCCGAGAAAGGUGUAAGUACCCCGCAGUUGUGGAAUUCUCUGCCUGGGGAUAUUUUUAAUUAGCCCUGGAUAGCGGUUCUAUC